CCAUCACGGCCUCGGAGUUGAAUUCGAUCCAAGAAGGAGAGGGUGGGUCUCAUAUAGAAACUAUUAAGGGUAGAGCUUUUUGAGGAGAAGGGCGUUAAUGGAGGAAAAGAUGGCCAUGAGAGAGAGGGAGUUGAUACACGGUGGCGUAAGCCUUUCUGACAUGGUGCUGGGGUUCUUUGAAGGAGGGGAAGGAAAUGAACGGGGCCGUGACCCAUUUGAAGGUGAUGGUGAAUGCAGCGAUGAAGAGGGUAGAGAGAACAAAGUUUUCUGGAAGACGCAACACCAGCUCCUCCAAGAGGCCUUGUCUCGGAAUAGCUCGGUGGAAGCAAAGGUACGGUUGGCUACAGAGGAUGCCGUUAAGAAGAUGCAAUCCAUGGGACUUGUCUGCAUCUGCUCCAAUCGAAUGGCCAAGGGAUGCCGGAAUUGUGCACUAAGACACGUCACCGAAAGGCUCCGAGAAGCAGGAUAUAACAGCGCCCUUUGUAAGUCCAAGUGGAGCCGGUCCCUGGAUAUCCCCUCAGGGGAACACAGCUAUGUAGACGUAGUGAUGGAGGCAAAGAAUGGGAAAAGAAACCCAAUUAGAGUAAUCAUAGAGCUAAAUUUCCGUGCGGAGUUUGAGAUGGCAAGAGCCAGCGAGGAAUACAACCACCUUGUAAACUGCCUCCCGGAGGUCUUCGUCGGCCGGUCGGAGAAGCUGAAGAAUGUGAUCAAGAUCAUGUGUACGGCAGCGAAGAAGUGCAUGAAGGAUAACAAGAUGCACUUGGGGCCAUGGAGGAAGCACAAGUACAUGCAGUCUAAAUGGCUUGGAACACCCGAGAGGAUGCCAUUGACUCCUGGGCCGUCCCUCCCAACUGCGGUAUCCGACCGGCAACCAAAGCUUAGAGCUUCCAUGCUGACCUUUGACCUGCACCGUACUGCUGUGGAAGUUAUUUGACUCACAAAUUGUGAAGGGAAAAAAACUUUCUUCUCUCAUCCCCUCUUCUACGUACUUCAGUUUUGACAUGCUUGUUGGGCACUUGAGUGGUGAUCUUGUAAUCCUGAGAGUUGUAAAUGGGUUGAGAAAAGGUAAUUAGUAGAAUUGUCAACAAAAUCCUGACCUGAGUCUGGGAAUUUUUAGCCCAAACCAAGCACUAAAGAAUCGUUUUAUAAUUCUAGAAAAAAAAAAAGACAAAGGCAAGCAUCCAUGUUAA